AUGCUCAGCAACCAGUCUUUGGCUGUUGCAGAGAAACCCGCCAACUCCUCGUCCUCGAGUGUCAUACAACAAUCUGGGCAGUCGCUAUACAAGACAGCCAUGUCAAAUAUGAAAUCUUCGGCAGUUCAACGGUCGGAUACCACGCCAGAAGUUCAGGAUAGGGAAAUGUCGCCUUCUGGAAGCGCCUUAGGGGACACCCAGCCGGUAUCUCAGUCGGUAUAUGAGGGUUUGUUAAAUAGCAAAGAUAUAGAUGGCAGCCCAUCGGAGCAACCGUUUAUAAAUGCCAUUGAGGCAGCAGAGGGAGGAACCACGCAAAUGACGCUUCAUGAAGGGGACACGGGACAUGUGGACUUGUUUUCUGAUGCUGAUAUCAUAGCGGAUGCUGCCAAUCCUGACGAAGACCGUGGCUCGCAGGCCUCUGACUCGGGUCCGUCCUCUCCGACACGUUACGAGCCAUUCCCAGAAUCACAACGAUUCAAUACCAACACCCCAGCAAUUCAUCAUGGACAUAUGUCGAAUCUUGCAAGCACUACCACACCAUCAACCCUUCGGAACCCUUUUGGUCCAGACAAUAAAACACCAGGGUCUGUAAUGGCUUUAAGCCAGCUGUUCAAUGCAACGCAGGCCACCUCGUCCCCAUCUACUCAUAUGCCUCGUUUAGAAUUACCAUCUGAUAUGCCAUCACCAAAUAUUCCAAUCCAGCGGCCGAUGCGUAGCACCGUGCCUUUCUCACCAAGUUUUCUGGGUUCAUCCAUGUCUCGUCCCGACCCAAUUGAACCGGAAACAAACUAUAUAUCCAUGAAAGAAUCACAAGCUGAGCGAGAAAAACAGCUAUCGAGACUAAAAUCUAACUCAAAUCUUGUUAAUGGGGAUGAUGAUCUAUUUCAGGCUGAAGAAUCUGCCAUUGAACGCCGCAUACGCCAAAUGCAGUCUAAAAAUGAAGUCCGAAAGCAGUUUGAAAAUAUCAAAGCUCCUGCAAGGGUGUCCACUCGCAAAAAUUCCAAGCGAGAUAUUUCAUCCUCACCACCUCUGACUUCAGCCCAUACCACUGCCGGUAGACUAAAAGCUCUACAGUCUGUAAUGGAAGACAAUGGCAGGGAGGAAAAGGUUCUUGACACUGAUCGAGGCGAAGAUAGCGAGGUUGAAACUGAGCAGGAAGAUGUUUGCAUGAUUCAACAGCUUCGCAGCUCUCAGCGGACUCAAUCCUUCGCGGAAGAAGAUAAGGAGAACGUUGACAGCGGUCCAGUUCAACAUUCAACUCUCGCUGUUAGCACUCAUAGUGCACUCUCAAGUGUCUUAGAUCUCGAUCAAAGUCCAUCAAAUAAUCGCCGAUCAAAUGUUGGAGGACUUCACUCUUCCACAGAAACGAGUUCUGUCCAACACAUACCUAAUACAAAGAGAGGAGGACGCCCACCAUGGGUCUUCCAACCAGAAAGGAGUGGAAAUCCUCGAGAAGGUGUUCUUAAAUCCGGCACUCUACGGAAAGAACAGGAAAAUAAUCCCCUAAGCCGUAGGAGCACGAUGAUUGAGACUGACAUGGAGCCCAGAAAAGUAUCAGAGCAAAUACCUUCAUCACCUCCACUGAAAGCCAUCAACAACAUUAUCAACAGCCAGCAUGAUGCAGAGUAUGGCUCUCCAGAUUCGCAGCAUUCGCCGUCACCAUUACCGAAAACAAUAAACCUUAAAAAAUAUUCAACACCUCAUAACCCUGAUACAGAUGCGUCAAAUCUUAACAAUGAGUCCUCCAUAACCUCUCGGGUCUUCGAAACCCCUUCCCAGUCCGCCCCUGAAAGGAGAAAUCUCUUGCAAGCAAUUCCUGAAACUAGUUCUACUGGCAAGCGGCAUGAUUUCGUUGAAUCUACCAGUAAUACUGACAGUCCAACGAAAUUUGACGAUGAUAUUGACGACAUAGAUGAGGACAAUAAUCUUCCUAACCCACCACGAUUCAGAAACUCUGCAAUAUUAAAAUCGCUUGGGUCUCAAGAACUGGCCGCCUCUCGCACUAAUCGUCGCGCCCAAACAAUUUUAUCUAGCCCCAGUGGCCGACAGCGGAGGAGUAUGACGGCUAUUGCUUCGGAUGAGUCCCCACGCCCUGCAGUUUCUGACAUCCCGAUCAACGAAAUUCGCCUACUUAACACCGAUGAUCGGAUUUUUCAGUCAAUGAUGGCUACGGUUGACUCGCCCAUUAAAAGAAGACGCGGGAAUGAUGGGAAAAGAAUCCAGGAGAUUCUUCAGAAUCGUCGGCACAACCUAACUAAUGAGCUGAACAAUGAUAUGCCAGCAUAUAGGCCUAUUUCACCCAUUGGGCCAAUUGAUGAUGAUACCCCUAAGACUCUUCAACGGGCGACCAAACAGCUACACGAACCUUCAAAGCCCCCUGUUGAUGUAGAUACGAAUGAUAUUUGGGAUUUUCAGCCAUCCCCUCAAAGGCCAGUAGAAAAAACUGAACCUACGCUAUCUACUGGCCUUCCUAUCCUUCGGAAAAAGGCACAGAAAGCAGAAGCCCCCCGUUCUCGGAACAAACGCACAGUUAUCGACGCCGUCGUUAUUCACCUUCCAUCUAAUCCAUCCUCAUCUACACCUCUUGAACCCCUAUCACGCACCCCCAGCUCACCCUCUCUCCGACCCCAUACAGAGAGAAGUGAUUCGAUUCUCGACUUAACUAGUGAUAUGGGAAAGCUGAAUGAGAACGUCAUUGCUGCAAAUCAUAUUUUUGCCUUUUUCAAUGGUCGACCAGCCGGAUAUUACCCAGCUGUUUGCUUGGGUUCUAGUGAUGGCGUUACGAGUCAGCAACUCCUUGUACGUUUUGACGAUUCUGAGGAGGUAGAGAAAAUCGACAUUCGAGGAGCCAAAUCCUUAGAAUUGAGAAUUGGUGAUAUCGUUAAGGUCAAUCAUCCGGAUGUGCCUAAAGCUCCGCAUUAUGUGGUAGGAUUUGGAAGAAAACUGCAAUCUUCUUCAGAAGGUGCAGAAGUGAGCGCUUGGGAUAGACAAAUGUCUGACAUUUAUGGUCACACUACUGUCCGAUUGAAACGGAAACUGACCAAGGUGGUUUCCAAAGGUAAAAUCCCCCAGGCUAUCACUGUGCCUAUAUCUAAGAUAUAUCUGGAUCAAAAUCUAUGGUCUCGAUUUGGAGAACGCCCUUACUCCACCGAGUCACUACCAAAAAACCCGCAGGCAGCUGUACCUCAAGCAAUGGAACAAAGUAUGCAUACCCGUGGCACCCAAGCUGAACAGACUCCUGUUGUUGAACCAGGCAGAGCUGGCAUAUUUUCCGGUAUGACUUUUGCUCUUUCCUAUACUGGAAAUGAGAAAAGGGGGAAGCAUAUUGAAUCUAUGCUAUCUGAAAACGGUGGGACUAUCCUCAAAAAUGGAUUUGACCAACUAUUUGAAACGUCUUCCUGGGAGUUAAUAUUGCCCACUGCCAAAGAUGAAGAGCUUCAUACCGAAGGGCCUCUAAUGCUGACCCAACGUGCUAAGGAAAUGGGAUUUACCUGCUUGAUCACAGACCAACACUCACGGCGCGCUAAGUACAUGCAAGCUCUGGCCCUUAAUCUCCCUUGCCUCGCCAGCCAAUGGGUAUUUGCGUGCAUCGAGAAACAGGAAAUCGUGGAAUGGGAACCAUACCUCCUUGCUGCAGGAUCUUCCAUCUUUCUUGACAACGCCGUCAAGUCACGAAUUCUUAGACCCUAUCAUCCCUCUGAAUCCAAAUUUUUGGAUGUCUUCACUACUCGUCCAAAGGUCUUCAGUGACCAGUAUAUGCUCUUCGUGGUGGGACGCAAGCAGGUAGCACAGCAACGACAGGCCUAUGCAUUCCUUACUUGUGCAUUGGGUGCAGAACAUGUUUAUCCCGUUCAAACUCUCCAAACUGCUCUUGACAUACUAUCACAAGCCGACGAACUGCAUCCCAAACCAAAAGGCUGGGUACAUGGGCGCAGUAAAUGGGAUUGGAUAUAUGUUGGCGAUGAAAGUGCGGCAACAACAGCUCGCACGGCUCUAUCUAAGCUUCCGUCGACCAUCUUGAAACCUCCAGCACGAGGCCGUGCUCGAUCUGUUAAACCAUCUCAAGGGCAAGAUGGUAACGACAGGAAGAGAACAGAUGAAAGCGUUAAAAACAUUAAGAUUUUGGAUAACGAGUUCCUUUGUCAAAUUUUGAUUCUAGGUCGAUUGUUUGAGAGAUAG